CGGUAUCGGCUCCUGGGCGGGACUAGACUUUUGCGGUGUGAUUGGAACCUCAGCGGAGCUCCGAGGGUUGUUUAUUGUAUUGGAUCAGAUCAAGUAACAGAGUCAUUGUGAUGUAUUGAUUGGACAUGUUCUAAUAGUUUCAGCGCUUUGGACAGAUGUUUGCUGUGGUUUAAAAUGAAGACUGUAUUCUCUGUAGGUGAAUAUGGAAGGGUAGUUAGAGUUUCCCCCGGUCUCCAGUAAAGUGGAGCAGCAGAAGAUCCAGCUCUGAUCAGCAGCUCCGCACCUCUGUACUCAGACUGCUCUGCUGGAGGAACACCAUCAGCUCACCUGCUGCAGAAAUGAAUGCUGUCCUGUUCUAAGUCUUCUCCUGAAACCAAUGUCAAUGUUUUGUAUCUGGUAAAGUUAAGCUUCACAGAUACAAUCAAAAGAUUUCAUAAAUCUGUUACGCUGCUAAAGGAGGGGAGAACAUGGCAUCAAGAGAAAUCUCCAAUACUCAUCAAACACCCUCUCCUACAUCUCAAAUACAAAUGCAGAAAAGUACAGAGAAGAAGAAAAAUCACCACUGCUCAGACUGUGGGAGGAGUUUUACUAAACCCAGUGAACUCAAGCGACCGCAGCGCACUCACACUGGAGAGAAACCAUAUUCGUGCUCAGACUGUGGGAAGAGUUUUAGUAAACAAUGUCAUCUCCAGCGGCACCAGCGCAUUCACACUGGAGAGAGACCAUUUCAGUGCUCAGACUGUGGGAAGAGUUUUAGUUAUCGCAUUGUUCUCCAGCAACACCAGCGCAUUCACACUGGAGAGAAACCGUUUCACUGCUCGGACUGUGGAAAGAGUUUUACUACACAGCGUAACCUCAAAACACAUGAGAGCAUUCACACGGGAGAGAAACCGUUUCAAUGCUCAGACUGUGGAAAAAGUUUUGCUAGACAGAGUCAUCUCCAAGGUCAUUGUCGCAUUCACACUGGAGAGAAACCAUAUUUUUGUUCAGAGUGUUCAAAGAGUUUUAGUCAACAGAGUCAUCUCAAACAACACCAGCGCAUUCACACUGGAGAGAAACCAUUUCACUGCUUCGAGUGUGAGAAGAGCUUUAAGCGAUUGCAUUGUUUACAGAGACACCUGCGCAUUCACACUGGAGAGAAACCAUAUCAUUGCUUCGAGUGUGAGAGGAGCUUUAAGCAACAAAGAGGUUUACAGAUACACCAAUGCAUUCCCCCAAAUACUGUCAGCAGAGCUCCAACAGAAUUGAAAUUUUAAAGAUUGAUAUCGAUAUUUUAAAAGCCCAGGAAGAGUUCCCUGUGUCUAAUAUUGAGAGUGUGAACAUGAGAAGAUCGCUUGGUGCAUUUUAGCAGGGUUCUGCAGAGGAUUAAAGAGGCAAGACCAUUGGCGAAGGAAAGGGGGGAUUGGUGGGACAGCCAAUCAGCUUGCUGGUUUUGGCGGAGCACGGAGGAGAGUGGGGAAAGCCCCCCUUGCUGUGGGGGAUUUUUUUUUUGUUUGUUUUUUUUUUAUUUAGCAGCGGGGUGCAGCGAGCUGACGUUAAAACAUAUCUUGAUAUGCGGCGAUUUUUCUUAAAGAAAGGUAAUGGUAGCUAACCAUGUAAACUGUGAUGACACUGUUUCUGAUAGCGUGUUAAAAAGACAUGAUCCAAAAACUCACUGUGUGAUUAAUAAAAUACAGCUUGUGAUAGUCAUUGUGAUUUGUAGACUAGGAUUGCAGGAUUACUGUAAGCUAUAAUGAAGGAAAAUUCUUUUAGCUAGUUUAACUAGUUUGCUAGAAGCUGAAUAUAGUAGAUAGCCAGAAUUCAGCACAAUACUUUAUGUUGGUAUAAAGCAGUCUCUUAACCCUGAUCACUGCCCUAUAAUUGUGUGUUCACCGAAUCCAGCUGAUCAGCUAAUAAACAAUUCUUUAUUCGGGGCGGUCUAAUGUGCUGCCUCUAUGAGUGGGAGGUCACAGGUUCGAACCCCCGCUCAUGCUGCUUUGCCAUCAAGCUGCCGGCACUCAGAGGGAGCAAAAUUGGCCCUGUUCCCUCCGGGUGGGUAGAUGGCGCUCCCUCCCCCCCACAGCACAGGGCGUCUGUGAGCUGAUGUACCGCAACCGAGUCGCUGCACUUUCCUCCAAGCGCGCUGGCUGUUCGGCAAUGCUGCAUCAGCAGCAGCUCGAAAAGAAGCGGUGGCUUACUUCACAUGUAUCGGAGGAAGCAUGUGUUCGUCGUCCUUCUGGUGUGUUGGGGCAUUACUAGUGAUAGGGGGAGUCCUAAUGAAUGGGUUGGGUAAUUGGCCGUGUAAAUUGGGGAGAAAAUAAGAAAAAAUAGAAAUAAAUUUAUAUAUAAAAAAAAAUCCUUUAUUGAGUUUACUUGUUAAAAUCUCUUAGCCCCCUAUGGAUAAUAAAUCAUGUAUAUGUAUAUCCAGCAGUGUAUUAGACACAUCAUACCACCACUUACUUUAUUAAGUGCCUUUAAAGCAGAGAAAGUUCUAGAAUAUGCAGAACAGUGUCAAUAUACAGUAGAAUAUUCAGGAAUAGGGUUGAGAACGUAACUUCUGUUCAUUUGUAGUUUACAGUAAGACCACAUGUCCUGAGUAAAUAAAGGGGUUCCAGGCAAAUCCUAAUGUUUUUUUUAGAUUUUCUGUAAUUGUAUGUUUUGAUCAAUUAUACAGCUUAGCAUGACAAUGUUUAAACAAUUUUGUAAAAAGUAUAAAGAGAAAGAGAAUGUUGCAAAAGUAGUUUAUUUUUAAUAGGUGAGUUGUGAAUGUUGUAAAUUAAACUUAUUUUAAUAGUUCAGGAUUAGAGUUAGGGUCUGUUAGAGUUUGUUUUCUAGUAUUGUGGUGUAAUUUAUUAUUUAGAGGGGUAGAAGAGAUUGAGCUGGUGGUUGAGCUGGAGAGAGAGGAAAUGUGGAGAGGACUCAAAUGAACUGAACUGAUCAGGAAUUAACUGAUAAAAAGAAAAAAACAUGUUAAGAUGCAUACAGGAUAUAUGAGUAUUUUUCGAAGAGUAUUAAUAGUGUAGGCCCCAUGACCUAAUAUUUAUUAAUAUUCCUUUCAAUUAUUUGCUUCAGCAUGUCAUAAAAGAAAAAAAUUAGAAACAAGUGAAUUGUUUACAUCAUUACAUUGUUAAAUGAAAUCCAUUGUUGACGUACUGUUUUGCAUUACUUAUUGAGGAAAGGAUUUACUGAUGAAAUAUAUCUGGUCCUUUAGUAAAAGCUCAUGAUACUAAUAGACUAGGAGGGUUUGGGUUAUCUAAAAUUUAUAUUAACUUCUGCCAAAAGUCUCUGUGAAACAUAAUUUUAAAUUAUUUUACGUAAAAGAUCACCAUCAUACUUUCAGUCAAAAAAAUUAAAAACAUAGGACCCAACGCUACUGAGUUGUUUUAAAAAAAAGAGUGACUUAAAUGUAAGUAUACAAAUGUACAACAGAACUGACAUGCCAAGACAAAAUUGUUGGUACCGCUCAGUUAAUGAAAGAAAAACCCACGAUUGUCAGAGAAAUAACUUGAAUCUGACAAAAGUAAUAAUAAAUAAAAAAGUCUAUGGAUUAUUAUUUUUUCCAUCUGUAAACAUAGAGCUAAUGUACCUUGGCAGAAAGUUCCUUUUUUGUCUUAUCUGUCCAUAGGACAUUCUCCCAGAAGCUUUGUGGCUUGUCAACAUGCAGCUUGGCAAAUUCCAAUCUGGCUUUUUUAUGUUUUGUUUUCAACAAUGGUGUCCUCUUUGGACAUCUCCCAUUAAGUCCACUUUGCUUUAAACAAUGAUCUAACCCUGAUGUUGCUUGAGCUUAACGUUCACCUUUAAUGUCUUUAGAGUUUUUUCUGGGCUCUUUUGUUAUCAUUUGUGUUAUCCGUCUCUUUGAUUUGUCAUCAGGUUGGCUACAGUUCAGGGAUCUUAAAUUUCUGAAAAAACACGGUAUGUGCAACUGUAGUCACAGGCAUGGGUGUGGCAGCAAAUUCUGGGCCCUGAACACUUUUAAUGUCAGUGGGCCCC